GGAUACGCACUGCGUAACGCACGACUGGUCUCUCUCUCUCUCUCUCUCUCUCUCUCUCUCUCUUCCGUUACCUUAUGCCCGCCGCUGUACCGUCGACUGGAGACGCCGACCAGGAAGCCGACACCGCCAUCUUCCUCGUUCUCCGUCGCUAUUUCCGUCCGCGCAUCGCCGAAGGAGAGGAGCAACCGUCCGUUCUCUCGCUCGUCUCCGCCGACCAGGGCAGCGCCGCGACUCGCCGUCGACUUCAGGAGUUCCGGCGACAUUCUCCUCUUUUUCCUCCGUCGCGUGCAGCAGGCCGGCGAUACCAGGGAGGAGUUGCAGCGGCGAGUCCUUCCCAAUCCAAGGUUGAAUUCAUCAAAUUUCGAGUGAAUCGCCCAACGGGGCUGUUUGGCCUGGCUUCGGGUUCGGGCAGCCGGGGCGGCUACCGGUGGGGGUGCCGGGGUUGUUCCGGCGACGAUGGGACUGUUCCGGCAGGGGCAGCGGGCCGGAGGAUCGAUUCCUUGGGUUCAAUUCCGCGCAGGGACAGGGGCUUCAACCCGCCCAAAGUGAAUCUCCUUUGGGUUUCUGAGCUGGCCCUUUUAUAGCAUCGCUUGGGGUGCCAUGACUCAAAGUAGUUGAUGUGGAAUAAAAUUAGGACAUGAUG